AUGGAAAAUGUACGAGAUCCUGUAAGAGUUCAGUCAAAGUCAAAACCAACUCAGCAGCAGCAGCCGUCAAGCCAGACAUUUGAAUGCUAUAGGCAGAAACAACAGUCAAGUAGUGCAGACAUUCGUGAGGAUUUUCAAAAAUUCUCUGGUGUCGAAUUAUGGGUAGAGUCAAUAAAUGAAACAUUUGCAGAGAUCCGUAUUCCACCAAAUCAACGUCUCGAUUUUAUCCCAUCGUUAUUAACUAAAAAGGCCUUAACGUGGUUUUCUCGUAACGAAUCAAAGUUUGAAACGUAUGCUAGCCGAAACUCCAAGGACGAAACUACAAUCACAACAACAAUAAUUACGCCAACGACGCCGACCGGCACUCAGAAUCAGUCAGCAUCAUCAGUACGAAGAGAUUCUCAUGAAUUGAACAUUCAAAAAUUAAUCAGUGAUCAUGUCUUGAGAAAAUUAAACAGUUUUGGUGGCAAGAAUGAAAAUGUCAUUCUAUGGCUCGAGGGUUUUGAACUGCUUGUCAAAUCCCAAGGAUGGUCAGACGAUCUGAAAUUUAAAUAUGUACCAACACUCUUACAGGAUGAAGCAAUGAAAUGGUAUAAAAGAAAUUCAGCAACAAUCGGCUCAUGGUCUGAAUUUGAGAAGCAAAUCAAAGAAGAAUUCACAUCAAGAUUCAAAAACCGUAAAGCAUUUGAACGCCUGCUUUAUUACGAAGAAUCAAUGAAUCAAUUAAUCAAGGAUUAUUAUAAUGAAAUCAUGGAUGUUUGUAAAGAAUCUGAUCCACAAAUGUCAGAAACAAUCAAAUUACAAUAUGUGUUGACUAAAGUCAAGCGAACAUUGAAGCUGGAAGUCAGUAAACAGUUCCCAGAAACACCAGCGGCGUUCUUGAAUUAUGGAAAACAACUUGCAGAAUUGAUGAAAUUUAUGAAAGAUGAUCCAACAGCGGUUUGCGUUGCCUCUGCUCCUCAGCCAUCAACGAGCUCAAGAAUACAUGCAUCGAUAAAUCGGAACGAUCAUCGGUUGUAUGUUCCACAUCCGAGAAUAUUUGAGCAACAGCAAGAAUCAAAUGAAUUACAUCACUUGAAGGUCAAUCGCCCAGUAACACCACUACCAUCGUCUUCACAGACAUCCAGAAACAAUCCAAAUCAGUCAGGUAAUGCAGCUGCCAACUCACGAUCAAACCAAACACAACACAAUUUAUUCUAUUCGCGCACCGCAUAUUCUAUAUCCCGGCCACCACCACAUAAUUAUUCAGGAUGUCAUAGUUGUGGCUCGCUGGAUCAUUAUCAAAGAGCCUGUCCAAAGCGACAGGAUUUUCCGUAG